CAUUCACCAGCCCAGACCCCCCAGCUGGACAUCAUUUCAGGAUCCCAGGUUGUUCAAGUGGUCCCCAGCCCUCCCAACAGCUCUUGCAGCCCCUCCAGCCCCAGAGUCAUUAGAUCUUUGGAGGAUGGCGCAGUCAAUGUCAGAGAUAGUGUAGGUUCCAUCUUACAGAGAAUCGCCUCUUUCUCCCGGCCGGUCACCACUGAUGCAACCCCAGCAGCUGUUACCCAGGCCCCUAAAAUCCAAAGUAAUGGAGGGUUGUCAUCUGCAUUUGAGGGUCCUGCUGAAACCAGACAUGUGCCCACAUGGAAACAGGGGAAGAAGAAAGAGGAAGAAACUGCUGGAGAGCUGGACACCGACCCGCUCACCCUGAUGGAGGAGAGAGAGGAGAAAGACAGAGGCAUCAUGGGAGAAGAGCAAGUAGAGGAAGGCAAGAGCGAAGGACAACCAGCUAGCAGCGAUACCCCAAAUUCCACGAAAGAAAAAGAGGAGAACUGUGUGGAGGUCCGUACAGAGAUGGAGGAGAAAGCGACAGAGAAAGGAAUGGAGGAAGGAGAGAAAGAGUUGCUGUUGGAGGCAGAGGUGAAGAUGGAGGUGUGUCAGUCAGCACCAGGCCUGCAGAUGAGCUUCAUCCAGGGCAGCGACCUGUUUGGCUACGUAGGCAUUGAGGCAGUGUUGGACCAGAUGAGGCGCAAGACCAUGAAAGCUGGCUUUGAGUUCAACAUUAUGGUGGUUGGUCAGAGUGGUUUGGGGAAGUCGACAUUGGUCAACACUCUGUUCAAGUCCAAAGUCAGCCGGAAAUCCUGUACACCCAGCUAUGAAGAAAAGAUCUGUAAAACAGUCAAACUGCAUUCAGUCAGCCACGUGAUUGAAGAGAAGGGAGUGAAGAUGAAGCUGACAGUAAUCGACACUCCAGGUUUUGGAGACCAGAUAAAUAAUGAGAACUGCUGGGAGCCCAUAGUAAAGUAUGUCAAUGAGCAGUAUGAGACAUACCUGAGAGAGGAGCUGCAUGUCAACCGCAAGAGGAGAAUACCUGACACCAGAGUCCACUGCUGCAUCUACUUCCUCCCUGCCACUGGACACAGGUUACGCCCCAUUGAUGUGGAGUUCAUGAAGAGACUGGGAAAGAUAGUGAGCAUCGUACCCGUCAUUGCCAAAGCAGACACACUCACUAUUGAGGAAAGACAGGAGUUUAAGGAGAGGAUAAGACAAGACUUGACGGCAAAUGGGAUUCGUGUUUACCCACAGAAAGAGUAUGACGAGGAUCCAGAGGAGCGCAUACUCAAUGACAGGAUCAGGGAAAGCAUUCCCUUUGCUGUGGUGGGAACCGACAAGGAGCACCAGGUGAAUGGAAACAAGGUGCUGGGUCGUAAAACAAAGUGGGGAAUCAUUGAAGUUGAAAAUGUGGCGCACUGUGAGUUUGCCAACCUGAGAGAUUUACUUAUCAGGUCUCACCUGCAGGACCUGAAAGAGGUGACACACAACAUCCACUAUGAAACCUACCGCGUACGACGGCUCAACGAGAGCAACAUGAACUUCAGUGAACUGGGACUGUCCUCCUGGUCGCUGGAGAACGGAACUGCUGACAAAUGUGAAUCAGACAGUCACCUCUGAUCUCUCCUGUCAGCCCCCUACCUAUUCUGAUGCUACUCGUCCUAUCAGAAUGAGAGAUGGGGGGGGGGGAUUUUUUUUCCCCACAUAAAAUGGGAUGGAGAAAUUAUGUUUUAAAUUGUUUUUCCCUUUUGUUCAUUAUGGGACCAAAUAGUGGAUUGUUUUUAAAUGAUAAAUUCUAUUUGAAUUUUUACGCGAGGCAUAAGAAAUGCAUCAGAUCUUGAUAUAUUUUUGAAUGCAAGCUCAUAUAUAUUUUCUGGAAGCAUGGUGACAUAUAUAGGAUAGGGACGAACAAUGACAGGAAACAUAAACAAGUCUGCCAAUGGUAUGUAAGCAUC